UCCCGGCUCGGGAUUGGUCGGCGCGCGGAGGCGGCUCCGGGCCGCGGGGCCGCGGUCAUUUCCGGGCUGCCAUGGCCGCGGUGCGAGUGCUGAGGACCUGGGGCCGGAGCGCCGGGCGGCUGAUUUGUAUUCACUACUUCCAAACACGUAGUAAUAUUCAUAUUUUGAAGCCGAAGUAUGUGUGCUUCUUUGGUUAUCCUUCACUCAAGUAUAGUCAUCCACGCCGGUUGCUACAAACAACUGCUGCGCUGCAGGGACAGAUUGUCCAGUUCAAACUCUCGGACAUCGGGGAAGGGAUAAGAGAAGUAACUGUUAAAGAAUGGUAUAUAAAAGAAGGAGAUACAGUGUCUCAGUUUGAUAGCAUCUGUGAAGUUCAAAGUGAUAAAGCUUCUGUUACUAUCACUAGUCGUUAUGACGGAGUCAUUAGAAAACUGUAUUAUAAUGUAGACGAUAUUGCCUAUGUGGGGAAGCCAUUAGUAGACAUAGAAACGGAAGCUUUAAAAGACUCAGAAGAAGAUGUCGUCGAAACUCCUGCCGUGUCCCACGACGAGCACACGCACCAAGAGAUAAAGGGCCAGAAAACGCUGGCGACGCCUGCAGUUCGCCGCCUGGCAAUGGAGAACAACAUUAAGCUGAGUGAAGUUGUUGGCACAGGAAAAGAUGGCAGAAUACUUAAAGAAGAUAUCCUCAGCUAUUUGGAAAAGCAGACGGGAGCUAUACUGCCUCCUUCACCCAAAGCUGAAAUUGUGCCACCUCCGGCAAGACCAAAGGAGAAGACUGUUCCUGUUCCAGUAGCAAGACCUCCGGUAUUCAUAGGCAAAGACAGGACGGAACCAGUGAAAGGCUUCCACAAAGCCAUGGUCAAGACUAUGACGGCAGCCUUGAAGAUCCCUCACUUUGGAUAUUGUGACGAGGUUGAUGUAACCGAGCUGGUUAAACUCCGAGAAGAACUGAAGCCCAUCGCGCUGGCUCGGGGAAUUAAGCUCUCCUUUAUGCCCUUCUUCUUAAAGGCUGCUUCCUUGGGAUUGCUCCAGUUUCCUAUCCUGAAUGCUUCUGUGGAUGAAAACUGCCAGAAUAUAACAUACAAGGCUUCUCAUAACAUUGGGAUAGCAAUGGAUACGGAGCAGGGGUUGAUCGUGCCUAAUGUGAAAAAUGUCCAGGCCUGCUCUGUGUUUGAGAUCGCCUUGGAGCUGAACCGUCUCCAGCAGCUGGGCGCCAGCGGGCAACUGGGCACCGCUGAGCUCACAGGAGGCACAUUCACUCUUUCCAACAUUGGAUCUAUUGGUGGCACCUAUGCCAAGCCAGUGAUACUGCCACCUGAAGUGGCCAUCGGGGCUAUUGGGUCAAUUCAGACCCUUCCCAGAUUUAACCAGAAAGGAGAAGUAUUUAAGGCACAGGUAUUGAAUGUGAGCUGGUCAGCUGACCACCGGAUCAUUGACGGUGCUACCAUGUCACGCUUCUCAAACCUGUGGAAAUCCUACUUGGAAAACCCAGCUUUGAUGCUGUUAGAUAUGAAAUGAAGAUGAUAAGAAUCCGCGAACUUUGUUUUGAGCUUCCAAAGAAUAUGUAGGGCCUAGUGUGCGAACACAUGUUCUUCGUUGCGAUUUGUAUUAUAAGUGAUUUGUAUUGUUAUGAUUAAGAUUCUGUGGCACAAUAUUUAUCAUUGUUCUGUUAGACUUUUUACUGAGAUUGAAUCAUGGUGAAAGAGUUCCUUUGGGGCAGUUACAUUUUACAGGUCUGAGUAUAACUUUCCCUUUUUUCUCUGCAGGGGGCAUGGGGAGGGCCUGCCAGGGAUGGAGACCCGGGCCCCCUGUAAGCACUCUUCUACUGCACUCCAGCCCCGUGGUGGAGCUUCUUACUAUGGUGCUGGUGUUAGUGGUCUGACACUGGCAACACGCAACAAAAAUAAUGUUACUAAAAGACAAGUAGCCAUAUUUUAUACAUGCAGUAUUUACCCUGUUUUCCCUCUGUUUUAUUUAAUAUUCAUUAUGAAUGGAACUUGAGUUACAUUUUGUUGGGACAAAGAAUUCAAGAGGCUAAAGGAUUUUCUGUUUCCCCACAAUCACGCCACUUGUAAGGAAAAUAAUAAGUGCAAUUAUACUUACUUUUAAGAGAUCUUGGAAGUAUAUGGCUAUGUGGAGAUUAUCAUUUGUAAAUGUCUUGUGUAUCUUAAUACAUUUUAAAGGAGAAAUUGAUAGGACACUCAGUUACAGUUGUGGCGCCAGUAGAGCAGUGGAAGGUGUUUGUUUUGAAAGGAAGCACUCUGGGCAGAGAUGCCACCUCAGGGACGGAGAGGCAGGUUUUGUGUGCAGGAAGGCUGGGUUUGAGACCUGGCACCUCCAGGAGUGACUCCCAAAGUCUCAGGCCAGGAGUAGCCUGCAAGCACUGCUGGCUGUGGGUCCGAAACAAAAAGAAAUGAAAUGAGGCCCAGAGCUCCAGUGGGUAGGAGAUUGCCUUGCACACAGCCGACCUAGGCUCAAAAUCCCUGGAUCCUGAGCACCACCGGGACUGAUUCCUGAGUGCAGAGCCAGGAGUGACCCCUGAGGACUGCCAGUUGUAACCCAAGAAACAAUAAAUAAAUAAAAUAAAUAUACCUUUAGAAUCUUGUGAAUGUUUUGUUGGGAAGAAUGCCUUGCAGACUGGUUUUGUGUAAAGAAGGUGCUUUAAAUAUAGCAGCUAUUGAUAUUAUCUUUACCCAGAAAUUCACUGCCUUUAACUUUUUUGUUUUUUAACUUUCUUGGCAUUCAGCAAAAAGUAGGAUAGGAUCAAAGUAAGACCCAGGCCUGGGGAGAUGGAACACGUGGUUUGCAUGCAGGAGUUUGGGUUCGUGCUGAACACAACGAGGAUUCACCCCUAAGCACUGUGCCCAGAGUGGACCCUGAACACCGACGAGGUAGCCAAAAAACAAACAAAAAUAAUAUCUAUUCUUACAUUCUCUGUAUCCUGAGAAGGAUAACAACGAGGAGAGAAGAGUCUAAUGGGCAAUUGUGAAUGUUAAAAUAACAAGUUACAUUUCUUCAUCAUUUCCAUACAAGAUGAUCACCAAGAUCAUUUUACUGGAGACACACCCACUUAUAAAUGGCACCUGAAUAAAUAUAUUCCAACAUUUUGAUCCAGGUUGCAUUUAAUAUGGUCUAAUUGAAAUUAUGUGCAAAUGAAAAUUUGUGACAGAAAAAGUAGUUUUCAUCUCUACUUGGUUGUUCCAAUAUGGAAAUUAUUUUAAGUUAGAAAAAAGGUCAAAUGAAUGUUAUUAUUUUUAAAACUCAGAUGAUAUAGUUACAAAGAAAAUAAAGGUAUUCUAUUCUAUUAACAUUUUUGAUCAAUACAUCUGUAUACAUAGUUAUUCUUUUUAUAAAAAAAUCAAACUAUACUAUUUUAUAAUUUGUUUUUUUAAUUUAACACUUAUGGGGUAAUUUUACAGGUCAAUAAAUUCACAUUAUACUUUUAA